CAAUCCUGCUUGACCGACGCAAUUUAGGCCGCUCGGCGGGUCCCCAGCUUCCUUUCCCCGCCCCGCUUCCCGGUCUUCCUUAGGAGUGAUCGACGGAACGUCUUUCCAAUAGCACUGGGUUGAGGCUGCGUAUGGUCCCGCCCCCUGUGGAGCGGGGCCAAUGAAUGCGCCUGGUCUCGGCAGCGGCCGGCCCGGGAGAGAGGUUUUGCACUGCGGUAAUAUGGCCCUUCCGUGAGGAGCUGUAGCGGCGGCCCGAGGAGGAAUUGUCCGCUCGCCUUCCGACGUGCCGGGGGUUUCGAGGGACUGAGUGCUCCAGAGGAAGAGAGCGGGAGAAGGAGGAGGACGAGGACGAGGACGAGGAGGAGGAGGAAGCGGCGCGGGGCGCGGAUGCGGGAGAAGCGCGGACGCCACCGCGGGGCAGCCCCCGGUUCGCGAUGAGCGGCUCGGCCGCCGCCGCCGCCGCCGUGGUCGCCUUGCCCGGCGUCGGGGUGUCCCCGCUGGUCUCGGGCCCCGCCGCCGCCGCCUCCUCGCGGGCCCUGCAUGUGGAGCUGCCAUCGCAGCAGCGUCGUCUUCGACAUCUCCGGAAUAUUGCUGCCCGGAACAUUGUUAAUAGGAAUGGCCACCGACUCCUUGAUACCUACUUCACACUUCACUUGUGCAAUAGUGAAAAGAUAUAUAAAGAAUUUUAUAGGAGUGAAGUGAUCAAGAAUUCUUUGAAUCCAACCUGGAGGAGUCUUGAUUUUGGAAUAAUGCCUGACCAUCUUGACACAUCAGUAUCCUCUUUUGUGGUAAGGAUCUGGGGUGGAAAGAAGGACCUCUACCAGCUGCUGAUUGAGUGGAAAGUCUCUCUGGAUGGACUAAGAUACAUGGGUCAACAGAUUCGUGCCCGCAACCAAAACGAAAUUAUUUUUGGGCUAAAUGAUGGCUAUUAUGGAGCUCCAUUUGAGCACAAGGGUUGUUCAAAUGCCCAGAAGAGCAGUCUUCUCCAGGUAGAUCAGAACUGUGUUCGUAAUUCAUAUGAUGUCUUCUCUCUGCUUCGGCUUCACAGAGCUCAGUGUGCAAUUAAACAGACUCAGGUGACUGUUCAGAAAAUCGGAAAGGAGAUUGAAGAAAAACUACGACUUACAUCUACAAGUAAUGAGUUGAAAAAGGAAAGUGAGUGCCUACAGUUGAAACUUUUGGUUCUUCGAAAUGAGCUGGAAAGACAAAAGAAAGCCCUGGGGAGGGAAGUGGCAUUACUUCACAAGCAGCAAAUUGCAUUGCAGGACAAAGGAAGCACAUUUGAGACUGAACACCUCAAGCUACAACUGCACAAGGAAUCCUUAAGUGAGCUGAGAAAAGAGUGCACUGCCAAAAGAGAACUAUUUUUGAAGACUAAUGCACAGUUGACAAUUCGAUGCAGACAAUUGUUGUCUGAGCUUUCCUACAUUUACCCCAUUGAUUUGAAUGAGCAAAAGGAUUAUUUUGUAUGCGGUGUAAAGCUGCCUAAUUCUGAGGAUUUUCAAGGCAGUGGCAGAAAACUGGAUGCAAAAGAUGAUGGAAGCAUUGCUGUUGCUCUUGGUUACACGGCACAUUUGGUCUCCAUGAUUUCCUUCUUCCUUCAAGUGCCCCUCAGAUAUCCCAUAAUUCACAAGGGAUCCAGAUCAACAAUCAAAGACAAUAUCAAUGACAAGUUGACAGAAAAGGAGAGAGAGUUUCCACUGUAUCCAAAAGGAGGAGAGAAGCUACAAUUUGAUUAUGGCGUCUAUCUGCUAAAUAAAAAUAUAGCGCAGCUGAGAUAUCAACAUGGGCUAGGGACUCCUGAUUUAAGACAAACUCUUCCUAACCUGAAAAAUUUCAUGGAGCAUGGGCUGAUGGUCAGAUGUGACAGACAUCACACCUCCAGUGCCAUUCCAGUUCCAAAGAGACAGAGUUCCAUGUUUGGGGGUGCAGACGUUGGCUUCUCCCCUGGGGUCCCAUCACCAGACAAAGGUCACCGUAAACGAGCCAGUUCAGAAAAUGAGAGACUCCAGUAUAAAACUCCUCCCCCCAGUUACAACUCAGCAUUAGCCCAACCUGUGGCCACCAUUAAGACUGUUGGAGAUUCCGAGAAAAAAAUGGCAUCUUUGUCCUCUUCCUUAGAUACCUGCUUGGACUUCUCCAAAGACAGUAAGAAAAAAGAAGCUGAUUUUGAUGAUCAUUUAAACAGGGGCCACGUGAAUGUGGACACUAGCCAGGAGUCGCAGGAGCUGCUCCUCGGACAUCCUGGUGCAGUCAAUGGAAACCUCCUUCCCAGGGAGCCCAGCAGCACGGCCUGUAGUGAGCAGCCAGAGGAGUUCCCCGCCAGCCCCAGAGGGGCUGAGCUCCACUGUGCCGUGGAGCAGGCUGAAGAGAUCAUCGGCACAGAAGCGAUGGGCUUGAGCUCAGGGGACCAGCUAGAAGCGUUCAACUGCAUCCCAGUGGACAGGGCCGUGGCCGUGGAGUGUGAUGAGCAAGUGCUGGGGGAGUUCGAGGAGUUCUCCCGACGUAUCUAUGCACUGAAUGAAAACGUGUCCAGCUUCCGCCGGCCACGCAAGAGCUCAGACAAGUGAGCACGCUUAGGGAGAAGUCAUUGACUGGACCAGGACAGAGUGAUAGAUCACAAAUGAAGAUGAAGUUGCACUUAUCCUUUGUAUUAAUUAUGGAGCAAAAUAAAACAGAUUGAGUCUGUUCCCCUGAUGUUGGAAAGUAGACUUGGGGAAGUGAGCCAGGACACAGGGUCAGGUGUAUGAAUGGGCCAGGUAGACUUAUACUCUGUUUCCAUAUAUUUGCUUUUCAAACCUUACAGUUGGUUCUAGGUCAGUAGUCAUUCUUUAGCUUGAAAGAGCUUCUAUCUAGUUCAAGCUAUGUUAUAGUUAUUCAUCUGCUUCUGUUACAUACAAUUUUGUUUUAUCCUUGGAUGGAAGAUGAUAAUAUAUAAAUCAUAAAAUGAAUGAAUAUAUCUUUUAUUGUUUGUCACUGUUUAUCACAAGCAACACUCUCACCAAGUUUCAGAAACUGAAUAUCUAGGACCAGGUUUGCCCUGCUCCCUUAGAGGUCCUUGACCCUUUGUCUGGUUGAGGCUUAUCCUUGGUGAGCUUCUCAAACACAGGUACACCACCCCAACAACUUAUCUCCCGGGGCUGUUGUCACCCCAGUCUUUUCAGGGGUCCAGUUGUAGUCUGCAUAAGAAACUUGAGUAUGUCAAAUUCUUCCAUGCUGUCUUAACAAACAGCCACAUCCUUUCUCCAUUUAAUACCAGCCUCUUUAGAGAUGACCAUCAACAUUUUGAUUUUUUUUUUCAAUAAGUUGGAUUUUCUAAAAUACUGCCUAACAGAGGAUUGCAAAUACCCUACAGAUUUCACGAUGCAAUCGCAUUCCUAGGCUAUAGCUCUAAUGCUUAUGUAGUUGAACGCUGGGAGACCAAAAGCCAAGCAUGCUUUUAAGAAAUUCACACAUCAGGCCAACCCCCUAGGUUUGAACUCCAUGUUAACUUAUUGAAUUUAUAGGCAGAAGGAAAAACAAACCCCCUGCCAAGUACUGUAUACAAUUAAAUAGAUGUGGCUUUGCCCAGCCCUAUGAAUCUGAACAUUGGGAAUAGCUGGAUCAUGUCAAGAGAUGAGGAAAAAUACUGUGGAUGUGAAUAUAAAGACACAGUUCUCUCAGUUUAAUUUAACCACGCAUCGUUUUCAGAGCUCAGAUUCUAUCCCUGUUGCUGCUUGUGCCAUAUACUCAGGAAUGUAGCACCAGGGUUACAAGCUCUUUAAAGAGAACAUAACAUAGCCAUCCUGCCAUAUAUGUUACCCAAACAAAUAACAGUGGAGUUUUCUUCCCCAGAACCUGAUUGUUCUUCCCAGGUCUGAAUUUCCUCUUCAGACCUGUAUUACGUACCAUGUGGUACAUCCCCCUCACACCAGGCCAAAGGAAGCUGUGAAUAUGUACGAUAUAAUGUUAUUCCUUAACUCUCUCUCUCUCAGAGUUCUUACACCAUAUAGGAUAGCACAGACAGUAUGCGCUGCCCAGGAGCUGCAUUUUCCCCACAUAACAUCUUAGGCAUUAUCAUCUUCAUAUUUUAUCUGGGCUUCCCUGAGCUCCCUUUGGAUUUAUGGAUACAUUAGACUAGAGUCUCUCACCACCGAUCAUCAUUUUCCACGUAUCUUAUCUCACACAUGCACAUACACACAGCUGUCUUUCAGUAUUAGGCAGGGCCAAUGCACAGAUUUUUUUUUUUUUUUGGUGAGGCAAUUGGGGUUAAAUGACUUGCCCAGGGUCACACAGCUAGUAAGUGUUAAGUGUCUGAGGCCAUAAUGCACAGAAAUUUAAAAAGACUCCUAGGAAAAAGCUUUAACUUCAUUUGAAGAAAUCUCAUGUAUUCCAAAUCAAAAGCUCUGUCCUCUCUGGGCCUAGGGCAGAAGCCCAGUCAGUGUCCCCUGCAGGGUUUAUUUUUUUUUCCCAGAGGAUAAUACAUCUUUGAUCAUUCUCAAGAGGAGAUAGUGAGAAAGGAGGCUAGCCUCCCCUGGCAGCCUCUAGAAAAGGGAUCACAACAGUCCUCCACCUGAGGAGAUAGCAACCAAAAACCAGUCCCAUCAUCUUCAGGCGAGAGAAUAGAACACACGUGUCGCAUCAGCUUCCCAAAUGUGGCAGUAAGUCUCUGAAGUCAGUGCCAAACCCAAAGAGUAACUGCAUUCUGUAUGGUUCUGGGAGGCCCUCUGAUCAGGCGCCUGCCACCACCAAGCUAUUGGACCCUGGGACGAAAAUAGGACACAGAGAACACACAUUCAUGGGCAUUAAUCUCAGGUUCUACUCAACCAAAUGAAGCCCAAGUCGCUGUCUUCCCCUCUGUGGUCAUCCUCAUUGUAGCUAUUUGCUGUUUAGUCUGCAGAUUUUGAAGUCCAAAGUACCACAUAGCACCCUAGUAUUCAGGAGGGCUGGGGCCGACAGUCAUAUUUGCUUAGUACAAGCCUUUUCCAACAACGUACACCUUAAAGAACAUAGCUUGGGUUUCUUUGCAGUGUCAGUUACAUUUUCCCUAUAACUAGAGUAUUUCAGUGUCUCAGUGAACAGAUUUGAGUUCAUUUUUCAGCACUGUAAACUUAGUUUUUCCAGUGCUUUAAAUGGCCAGAGCCCAAACACUGAUGAGUUCCCAGCUUUUACAGUUUUUCUUUUCAAAUUUGUCUUAUAAAAAUGACCAAAAAAUUAGACUGCUUGGGCAGAGUGGGGGGGGGGGGAGUUGAGGAGGUAAUGUGGGAAUUGGGGCGGAAACUAUCACAUCACUGUCCAUUUUGAAACUGUCAAGAACUUCACUAAAUUUCCAUGAAGAUUAGAACAAUUUGUGAAUGUUUUCAAAUCAGUACUUGGUGGUACCCUACUCCUCCCCCAAGCCUUGAAAUUCUGAAGGCUUCUUUUUUUUUUUUUUAAGAAUAUUAGUUUUGGAAGACUGUAUCCAGCUAUAUUUUUAUAGCAAUCCUAACAAUGUCUAUUUAUCCUGACCUAACCAAUUAUUUAAAUAAUUUUCAAAAUCACCACCAAUAAUAAAUGGCAUGUAGGAAACUUAACUGCUGGUAAUUGGGAGAAAAUUC